AUGUCCACCGAGCCAUCUACUCCCUCCGCGAUGCCGCUCUCCCAGUACUUCCCCAUCAUCUUCUCGGUACCAGCCGAAGACCACUUUCACUUCGUCACUCACCCUGGCGACAACGUCACAGACAGUCAGGCCCAGUCCCAGAGCGCUGCGACCUGCAUUCUCUCAGCAGACAAGUCUCUCAUGUUUCAGCCCAGCAAUAUCACGCAGCGCGCCAAGGUCGGCGGGGUCGGCGACGAGCACACUCAACCAGGUUUCUGGUCAGGGGUCAACGUGUACCGAAAGUCGACGCAGGCUGGAGUCGAAGGUUACCUUUUCGAGCAACACAUCGUUCCCAGCAUGCCCAGCGCGCAAGCAACCUCGCUGAACAGCCCUCUCAAAUGGCAGGGAAAAACAGUGAUGCUCACCGAAGAUGGCAGCAUCUUGCCGUGGAACGUCGAGGUCCCAGCCAUCGGUGACUAUCAGUCCACCGGCAGCUUCGAAUGCAAAGACAAAUUCCGGUCCAAGAUCGAUGCCGCGCAGAGUGAGCUCGCACAGGAAGCGAAAAGGAGUGCGGCCGUUGCGCGAUUUCUCCAGGGAUUAUUGGCGGAUCCGCUGGUCAGUGCCUGGCCCAAUCGAAGGAGACAGUGA